AUGCUAGAUGGAGAAGAUUUUGUAGAGCAUAAUGAUAUUCUAUCAUCACCGACAAAAAGCAGGAAUGCGACUCCAAAAAGACUCGAUACACACGGGGAAAAAUCACUGAGGAGGAUACACUCAUCAAAGAAGAACUUAUUGGAAAGAAUCUCGCUUGCUGACAACGAAACUAGAAGCGUAUCUGGGGAUCUGAUAGUUGAACCUAGCACUCCAAGCAAAGUUCCUCGUAAACGUGGAAGACCAAGGAAGAUACGGGAGGAAUCAAACCGCGGAAUCUUGGAAGUCGAAGAAGAUAUCAAUGUUUCUAGAAAGAAAAGGAGACCACGUAAGGAUAGAUCAGAUAAUGGCGAUCAAGAAAGUAGGACUUCUAACAGCAAGCAGAUGAUGGAAGAGGAGGACAGAGAAGGAACUGAAAAAGCCGAAAAUAUACCCAUAGCGGCCCUUCCAAUGCAUAAAGAACCUGCAGCCUCAUCAAAUAAUGACAGUUUCCCGUCGAACUCAGUGGGGUCACUGGAACCUGAAACACCAUCAAAGAAGCAUUUCACCACUAAUCAUGAUUUUACCUCACCUCUAAAGCAGAUUAUAAUGAACAAUCUGAAAGAAUAUAAAGAUACAACGUCCCCAGGUAAAUUGACAUUGAGUAGAAAUUUCACUCCAACCCCUGUACCGAAGAAUAAAAAGCUUUUCCAAACUUCAGAAACCAGAGGGGUAAGCUCAUUUUUAGAUACGUUUGAAGGUUAUUUUGACCAAAGAAAAAUUGUCAGAACCAGUGCAAAGUCAAGGCACACAAUGUCAAUGGCUCCUGAUGUCACUAGAGAAGAAUUUUCCCUGGUGUCAAACCUCCUCAAUGAAAAUUUUCAGAAACGUCCAAGAUUAAAGUUAUUCGAAAUUCAGAAAAAAAUGUUUCCCCAAUAUUGGUUUGAAUUGACUCAAGGUUUCUCAUUAUUAUUUUAUGGCGUAGGCUCUAAACGCAAUUUUUUAGAAGAGUUUGCCAUUGACUAUUUGUCUCCUAAAAUUACAUUCUCACAAUUAGCUUACGACAAUGAAUUGCAACAAAAUGAACCAGAAAAUGCGAUUCCAUGCCUUAUAUUGAAUGGCUACAACCCUAGCUGCAACUAUCGUGACGUCUUCAAAGAAAUAAGCGAUCUUCUGGUCCCCGCUGAAUUGACCAGAAGCGAAACCAAAUACUGGGGCAACCACGUAAUCUUACAGAUUCAGAAGAUGAUUGAUUUCUACAAGAGUCAACCUUUAGAUAUCAAAUUGAUCCUUGUGGUGCACAAUCUGGAUGGCCCUAGCAUAAGAAAAAACACUUUCCAGACAAUGCUAAGUUACCUCUCCGUCAUCAGACAGAUUGCAAUAGUUGCCUCUACAGAUCAUAUAUACGCUCCUCUUCUCUGGGAUAACAUGAAGGCCCAAAACUAUAACUUUGUCUUUCACGACAUUUCAAAUUAUGAGCCGUCAACUAUCGAGUCCACGUUCCAAGACGUAAUGAAGAUGGGCAAGAGUGACACUAGCAGCGGCGCUGAAGGUGCUAAAUAUGUCUUACAGUCACUUACCGUCAACUCCAAAAAAAUGUACAAGCUUCUCAUAGAAACCCAAAUGCAAAACAUGGGCAACCUAUCCGCUACCACGGGGCCAAAACGCGGUACUCAAAGAACCGGAGUGGAGCUUAAACUUUUCAAUCAUCUAUGUGCCGCAGAUUUUAUCGCCUCCAAUGAAAUAGCUCUAAGAUCAAUGCUCAGAGAGUUCAUUGAACAUAAAAUGGCCAAUAUCACUAAAAACAACUCGGGAGUGGAAAUAAUUUGGGUGCCAUACACGUAUGCAGAGCUGGAAAAACUGGUAGAAACAGUCCUAAAUACUUUAUAG